AUGGACGUCGGAAGGGCAGCGAACUGGAAUGGAUCGGAUGACCAAGGACCGCUGGAUCGGUAUAACGCAUUAUCAAAGCGUGGGUUGAUCAAGAAUGAUGAGUAUCAAAGAGGCAUCGUUACUCGCCUCCAAACUCUCCACGACGUUCUGAAAUCCUAUAGCCCGCCACCAGUCGUCCACCCCUCUCUGUCUUCCCUCAAGCCCUCCGGCGGCUCGAUCCUCCAACGGAUCUUCGGUCCCAAGCCAGAAGUACCAAAAGACCACCGACCUGAAGGCACGCCAAAGGGAAUGUACCUCUACGGCGACGUCGGUUGCGGAAAGACAUUCCUGAUGGACAUGUUUUACGAAACCCUCCCUGCGAACAUUACCUCCAAAGCACGAAUGCACUUCCACGCCUUCAUGCUCGACGUGCACAAGCGCUCGUUCGAGCUGAAGCAACAACACGGCUCCGCAUUCGACGCAAUCCCUUUCGUAGCAGCCGAUAUCGCACAAUCCGCCCGUGUCCUCUGCUUCGACGAAUUCCAGGUAACAGACAUCGUUGACGCCAUGAUCCUCCGCCGACUCUUCGGGGCUCUGAUCAGCCACGGUGUUGUGGUCGUGACCACCUCCAACCGCCACCCUACCGAACUUUACAAGAACGGAAUCCAGCGCUCGAGUUUCAUCCCCUGUAUCGAACUCCUCCAAGAAGAUCUCGAGGUGGUGUGCCUCGACUCACCAACCGACUACCGCAAACUCCCCAGAAAAGUGAGUUCAGUCUACCACCACCCUCUCGACUCCCACGCCCCCGAACACGCCCAAGCCUGGUUCGAACACCUCGGUGACUUCAAAAACGACCCACCAAAACCCGCACACGUCACAAUCUGGGGCCGACAAGUCCACGUACCUCAAGCGUCGGGGAAGUGUGCGAAAUUCACGUUCAAGGAGAUCUGCGGAAUGCCAAUGUCAGCCUCAGACUACCUCGAACUCUGCCGAAACUUUAAUGCGUUUGUCAUUACCGGCGUCCCCCAAAUGACCAUGCGCGAAAAAGACCUCGCACGGCGUCUGAUCACGUUCAUCGAUGCAGUGUACGACUCACGGGCGAAACUGGUCUGUACCUCCGCCGCGCCCAUCGCACAGAUUUUCUCAGGCGAAGACUCAGUCAGUAAGAAGAUGAACCUUGACGAGGGUGAAAUGGAAAUUGAACCGGCUAUGAGGGCUUUGAUGGAUGAUUUGGGGUUGGAUGCCAAGACGUUGAUGUCGAGUUCGAUUUUUACGGGUGAUGAGGAGAGGUUUGCGUUUCAGAGGUGUAUUUCUAGGUUGGUGCAGAUGGGUACGCAGGAAUGGGUUGGCCAGUGA